UGUCACCCUUAUAUAUCUACUCGUUUCAGAAUCAAAUCGUUUACUUUCUAACGUUAUCUCCGGCGAUUAUUCCGUUUAUUCUCGCCGGCCACCACAAAACCUCCGGUCAUCUCCGAUUCAUUCGAUCUCAACUCUAUUAACGAAGAUGAAUCCUGAAUACGACUAUCUGUUCAAGCUAUUACUCAUUGGAGAUUCAGGAGUUGGAAAAUCAUGUCUUCUGUUGCGUUUUGCUGAUGAUUCAUACUUGGAAAGUUACAUUAGCACCAUCGGCGUUGACUUUAAAAUUCGCACGGUGGAACAGGAUGGCAAAACAAUUAAGCUUCAAAUCUGGGAUACAGCUGGGCAAGAACGUUUCAGAACAAUCACCAGCAGCUACUAUCGCGGAGCUCAUGGCAUUAUUGUUGUUUAUGACGUGACAGAUCAAGAGAGUUUCAACAACGUGAAACAAUGGUUGAGCGAAAUUGAUCGUUAUGCUAAUGAAAAUGUAAACAAGCUUCUUGUUGGAAACAAGUGCGAUCUGACAUCGCAAAAAGUUGUGUCCUACGAAACAGGAAAGGCAUUUGCCGAUGAGAUUGGGAUUCCAUUUCUAGAAACAAGUGCCAAGAGUUCCACCAAUGUAGAAGAAGCUUUUAUGGCCAUGACUGCCGAAAUUAAAAACAGGAUGGCGAGCCAGCCGGCAAUGAACAAUGCUAAACCACCAACUGUUCAAAUUCGAGGUCAACCGGUCAACCAAAAGUCGGGUUGCUGCUCUUCUUGAAGAGGGUAAGCCAGCGUUAUCCGGUGGUCAAUGUCUCUGUGAUAUGCAUGUUUGUUUCCAUACUCGCCAUUGGUCACCAAUAGUCGGAAAAAGGUAAAAACCGCCAUUCUUUCUGAUCUAAUACUGAAUUCAGGGAACCUUUUGUACAAAGUAGGAUAAGAUUGUUGAAUGGGUAUUGUGUUAUAUACUGUUUUGCAAUUUGUUUGCAACUUGGCAAAAGUUUAUGCUACCUUUUUUCUUUGUAUUUUAUCUACAUUAUGUGUGUUUUAAGGUGACAUGAAGUCGGAAUUUGGGUGUUGAUUUCUUCUUGA